ACUUGGUCAUAAAAGUGACCUGCAGAGUCGAAUCACAAGCAGUGGAUAGUUGAUGUCAAACUGAGAGGCGGAGAACCAUGCCUGUGCCCAAGAAAGCAGGAGGGAAAGGCAGCUCUGCACAAGAAGAGAAGCUGCCACCAUAUGAGCCAAAUAUCCCUGAACCAACCAGCAGGCCCGACUUCAUGAAGUAUUGGUUCCCCCUCUCUCUGGAUGAUAAAACUGCACAGAAGCUUCUGUGGAUCUCUGAAAACGGCUCCAAGGUCGCUCGAACAUCCGAUGCAGUCUGUCCAUAUCCAAACAGGCCUGAGAGAUAUGAACAUUCUCCGCAGGUCUUGUGUAAGGAAGGGCUCCUGGGCUGUCGAGGCUACUGGGAAGUGGACUUUGAUGGCUGGGUGGUGAUCGGGGUGAUCUCCGAAAGCUCUCCUCGGAAAGGCCAGGAGGUGCCCUGCGGCCUCGGGGAGAACUCCACCUCGUGGGCCGUGGGCUGGUCCGGCUCCUGCUACCAAGUCUGGCACAACGGUGAAAACGUGGACGUCCAGCUUCCCUUGUCCUCCAACAUGGGGGUGUAUGUGGAUCAGCCCGCCGGCAUCAUCAAGUUCCUCUCGGUGGAGGGAGAAGCGGAGAAGGAGGUGCGGCUGAUCCACAAGUUCAAAGCCAGCUUCCAGGAGAAGGUUUUUCCUGGGUUCUGGAUCGGCACAAAUUCAUUCUGUCUCAUCAGAAAAAAAGAUCAGUGACAAAUGAGGAAGAACAGAUGUGGGGAGAGGGGGAUGGCGCGUAAAUUAAAGGAAAAAGUAGUGUCAGAAGGAAAUAUUGUGAUGUUUGGGGAACAAAUGUGGGAGUUGUGAAGCAUUAUCUUAUACUCUGAUUAAUUUACCAUUCUAAAUCUGAUCAUGUUUCAAUUAGAAAAAGCAGUCAUUUUGUUUUUUUGUUGUAUUAAGGCCUUUGCAUUGGAUACAAAGGUAGAGUCUGCAUUAAUUAUAAAUGUAAAAUGACUUAUGUCCAUUCAGAUGUGGGCUGCCGACGCCCUCUAGAGGCCAAAGAUGACACGGCAGUCGAGUCUUUUUUCUUGGUGUUGCUCCUUUUUAUUUUGAAACAUCAAAGAAGAAAUGGAACACUUUUUUUUUUGUAAAGGUGGAUGCUCUGCUUUUUGAACCCACUCCUUCUGUCUCACAGUCACUGUUUCAUUCAUUCUGUCAUUUCCACGGAGAAUGAGGAGCAAAAAAAAGAAAUACAUCCCAUCGAAUUCAGUAUUGAUUUGCAUUCAUUCAGUCAGUCAUUCAUUGGCAAAAGUAAAAACAGGCGUGAUAUGAGGAGGUGCUGGUGUUCCCUGCUCACUUUUUUUUAGCUUCUUGUUGAACCAUCUCUCUGGUUUCUACCCCCCUCAGCUGAUAGGGGAAAACAUGUGGGGGCAACAGGGCGGGGCUUCAGAGCCUUUUGGUCAUCUUACCUGGUAAACGACGAGGGGGGGGGGGGGGGGCUAAUGGCUAUAAUUAGUCCAAUAAAGAAACUACAGCAACCAGAUGCAGCUUCCGCUGCCUUCAGGGUAUCUGUUGAUGUUAAACAGAAGACUGAACAUGGAAACUGCCUGCUCUGGGGUGGAUCUGAGGGCAGUUAGAAAAGUCAUUGUUUUUUUUU